AUGACGGAUUAUAUCGUAACAAAUACAUCAUCCGUUAAUUCAUCAAAAAUCAAUGGACCGCAGCUGACCCAUCCAUCAUCAUCAGCAUCAUCAUUAUCAUCCUCUGAAAUAGGCGGGCCGUUAUCGAGUAUGAAUAAUAAUUGGAAUACACAAAUGGGCGGAUACCACCAACUUUCUAUGCAUUCCCCUGCAGGAUCGAAUCAGUUCUUUUCGCACCCCGAUGCAAACGGAAAUAUGUGGCUGUCUCCAUUCAUGCCUGGGCAGUAUAUGGGGGAAAACGCUCCAGAUCCAUACUGCUAUUCGAUGUAUGACCAACCCCUUGCAUCACUCCCGAUCGUUCAUCCAGAAUCAAAAAUUAUCAACGGCAAUGCCGAUGCAAAUACACACCACGCUCUUUCGCAACAUUUUGCGCCUCAAUUCUUCACAUCUGUUCGGCAUGCAGAAGCUGCAUUUGCGUCUUCACAGAAAGAAAAUGUAGCGCCGCCCAAUAAUGCCCAGUCCAAUGGCAUGGGGUUUUCACAGGCUCCCUUCAACAUGCAAAAAACAAUUCAACUCGAAGAUUACUCAAUUGCCUUCAAGGACGGCUCAAAACCGCCAUAUUCAUAUGCCUCGCUGAUCGCACAAGCGAUCUUGUCAUCAGAAGCAAAAAAGCUGACCCUCAGCUCAAUUUAUGAAUGGAUUACUUGCAAAUACCCAUACUAUCACAACCAGCUGAAUGGCUGGCAAAACUCUAUCCGACAUAACCUUUCGCUAAACAAAUGCUUUAUUAAGAUUCCUCGUUGCGACUCCGAUUGCGGAAAGGGGGCCUUUUGGGGCAUCGAUCCAAACUACCUCCAUUUGUUUGAAAACGGCUACUUGAAGAAAAAAAGGGCAAGAGCCACGGAUGAAAAUUUUGUUCCCUCGCUUUCGCAGGCGGUCUCCGCAAACAUUUACCAUCAAACACAUGCCAACGGGCAGCAACAGUUAUACCAAUCACCAGCAGGGUUUUUCAUGGGUGACAUAUACUCAAACCCUAACGCGUACCAAACCAUCCACCAUUCCCAUGCGCCGCCAAAUGCUUCUGUUCGACCAAAACCAUCUCGCCCAAAGAAGAAGCAAAGUGCAGCAAAAUCAACAGACAAGGCCCCCAGGAGGAGGGCGUCCAUUACAAUAGUAGAUUCGUCGAAGAAUCCUGGUUGCAUGGAAGCGAUGCCAUUAGAUUCUCAGCAAGCGCAAUAUUUGGGGCCUUCCGAUUACUUUAUCCCGCAACAACUCGACUAUCGGCAACUGCCCUCGCAUUCUCAAGCAACGUGUGGGGGGCUAUAUAUGGCCUCACCGCAGAUGUUUUAUAACUCUCCGUCAUCGCCGAGAAAAAUGUCGUGCCCUGCCAUAUUCUCGAACAAUGGCGACAAUAUCAACGUGCCUUCCCCCAACUCCAUAUCAUCAUCUUCCAAUAUUUAUAAUACAACAUCUUGCAGCAAGAAUGAUUUUGAGAAUUGGAUGUUUUCUAAUACCAACAUUAUGUCGCAAGGUUCAGAAGACUCUGUCUUCAUCGACAAAUACCAAGCCAUGAACGCCCAGUGCCAGCCAAUGUUCCUUCCGCCGCUCGAGGGAGUUGACCCAGCAUCGCCUUUUGCCCCUGCAGAAAGGUUUUAA